GUAUUAUUUGCUAACAGGGUUCAAUUCUAGGUGUCAAGGUCGAGGUUCCCAGGAAAUCAUAUAGUACUCAACUGAUUGCUCUGGACAAUGAAAGAGAUACAGGCAAGAUGGCAAAUAUUGAAGAUGGAGGCUUUUUGAAACCCCAUAUAUUCACUCUGACAAUCCCGCAGGUCGACGGAGGAACCAAUCUUUCGGUUCAAUUUAGCUGGUCUCAAAAAUUGCUGUAUUCCAAUGGACAGCUGACCUUGAAAAUUCCAUUUAACUUCCCUAAAUAUGUAACGCCUGCCGGAAAGAAAAUUUCCAAAAGGGAAAAGAUACAGCUUAAUGUGAACGCUGCUCCUGGAACUGAAGUUUUGAGUAAGACAUGUAGUCAUCCUUUAAAGGAGCUACAGCGGCAAGCAGGAAAGUUGGCUUUCUCAUAUGAAUCUGAAGUUCUUACUUGGUCAAGCAGUGACUUCUUCUUUACAUAUAAAAUAUUUUCAAGUUAUACUGUUGGCAGCGUGCUUUUGAAUUCUCCAUCAUUGCUUGACGUUGACCAAAGGGAUAUGUUCUGCUGCUAUCUAUUUCCAGGGGACCAGCUGAAUGGAAAGAUUUUCAGAAAGGAACUGGUAUUUGUUGUCGAUAUAAGUGGAAGCAUGAGGGGAAAACCUAUUGAUGACACCAAAAAUGCCCUGGUUGCAGCUCUCUCAAAGCUUGAUCCAGAAGAUUUGUUUGGUGUAAUAGCAUUCAAUGAUGAAACCUACCUAUUUUCCUCAUCUUUGACACCGGCAACUGUGGAAGCAAUUGAGAAUGUCACUCAGUGGAUUAACUUGAACUUCAUCGCUGGAGGUGGCACAAAUAUCUUGCUUCCUUUGAAUCAGGCCAUUGGAAUGUUAUCUAAUAGUAGCAAUUCCAUCCCUAUCAUUUUCCUCAUUACUGAUGGGUCUGUUGAAGAUGAGAGACAUAUUUGUGAUUCUAUGAAAAGUCGAUUAACAAAUCAGAGUAAAGUUUAUCCACGAAUAUACACAUUGGGCAUAGGUUCAUUCUGUAACCAUUAUUUUCUCCGGAUGCUUGCAAUAAUUGGUCGUGGAUAUCAUGAUGUUGCUAUUGAUGCAGAUUCAAUUGAGGCUCAAAUUGGACGACUAUUUGCUACAGCCACCUCUAUCUUUCUAGCUAAUAUUACCUUUGAGGGUCUGGAUAACCUUGAUGACUUUGAGGUGUUUCCUUCUCGAAUUCCAGACCUGUCAUUUGAAAGCCCAUUAAUUAUAUCAGGCAGGUACCGGGGAAGUUUUCCUGAGACCCUUAAAGUCAAGGGCAUCCUUGGAGAUAUAAGCAAUUUUUCUCUGGACCUGAGAGUACAAGUGGCAAAGGACAUACCUAUAGACAAGAUACUCGCAAAACAACAGAUAGAACUACUUACAGCUCAGGCUUGGUAUUCAGAAAAUAAGGAGCUUGAAGAGAAGAUUGCAAAAAUGAGUGUGCGAAAUUCAGUUGUUUCUGAAUAUGCACACAUGAUCUUGCUUGAGACCGAGAGAGUGCGAAAAGGCAGUGAAUCAACCAGUGCCCAACAGUUUUCGGGCAAAGCAGAUUCUCAUAGGACAGAAGAUUCUAAACCUCAAAAGAUAAUAAGGGUGUAUAAGCUGGGAAUUGGUUUUGGCAAUUUAAAUGCUACUGUCGAGAACAGUCGUCCGGGAUACGAAGAAAAAGGUCCUCCUGAUGCUGGAGAGAUUUUCGUGAAGGCAGCUUCAAAUUGUUGUGGAAAGCUUUUUGGGCGCUGCUGUUGCAUGUGCUGUAUUCAAUGUUGUUCACGGAUGAACGACCAGUGCUCAAUUGCACUAACGCAGCUGUGCGGUGCCUUGGCAUGUUUAGGUUGUGCUGCCUGUUGUGAUGGACGAGAUUGAUUGUUGUAUGUCGUGUGAAUUAUACCACAAUGGUUGUAUAAUUAUAAUUCAUUAGUUGUCCUUAAGAGCAUGGCUGGGAGCUAGAUGACAUUACAAUAUAUGUUUAAAAAAAAAGAAAAAAAAAAGGAGAUUAUAACGCAUGGUAGAGUAGUGAAAGUCUUGAAUUACGCCCCUGUUUGAGUCCUAUUCUUAAAAAAUUCAUUUUCCCGUCA